AUGUCUUCUCCUCUUUCCAAGGAAUUGAGAAAGCAACACACUGCCCGAUCAAUCCCUAUCAGAAAGGACGACGAAGUUUUGAUCGUUAGAGGUAAAUACAAGGGCCGAGAGGGUAAAGUGACUCAAGUCUACAGAAAGAAAUGGGUCAUCCACGUCGACCGAGUCCACAUUGAAAAAUCCAACGCCGCCACCGUCCCAGUUGGUAUCCACCCUUCCAACGUAGUCAUCACCUCCCUCAAACUUGAUUCCGACCGAAAAGCCAUCCUCGAGAGAAAAGGUGCUAAAUCCUCUUCUUCCGAAGAUGUUGAGAUGAAGGAAUAA